UGUUGAUCAUCUGUGCUAUGCAGAUUGAGUAUGGUGGGUGUAGUACAUAUAUCUAAUCUAUAGCACGGUGCACGGUUAGAGUGGUUAAACUUCUUCAAUGUUCAACGGUUAUGACAUAAGAUUAGCAGUUAUAGUUUCGUUGUAAAAAAACAUCAAUAUCAACUGUCACAAUGAACAAAAUGUCAUCCGUAACAAUUAAAUUUAUUCGCACCAAUUUCAACAAACAUCCAAUCAUCUCGAAUAGCGUAAUUUAUGGAGCGCUGUUUCUAGGUGCUGAAUGUACACAACAAGUAUUAACCAAACGGACUCUUACUGAUGAACCAAAAGUUCUCGAUGUAACAUCGUUGACACGUUAUGCUUUAUUUGGAACGGCAAUUCAAGGUCCUUUGCUUACUGUCUGGUUCAAAUGGCUCGACUCGAAAUUCAUUGGGAAAUCUCUAACUGUAGUCGGUAAAAAACUGGUCUUAGAUCAGACAAUAGCCGCGUCGGGGGGAGCUCCUUCUUUUCUACUUAGCUAUGAGUAUAAUGGAAGGGAAGCAAGAUGUUUUCGAAGAGUGUAGGAGCAAGUUUGUGGAAUCUUAUAAAAGUAGUUGUUUGUUUUGGAUUCCAGCACAAGUGGUCAAUUUUUUGAUGGUACCCCGGCGUUUAGAGUUAUUUAUUUUGGGGUUGCUAGCUUUGCUUGGGUUAAUAUUUUAUGUUAUAUUAAGCGCCAAGAUUAUUAAUUCUUAAUUUCAAUUUAAUGUAUAUGUAAACAAAUAGUUUAAAUGUGAAUACAAUUCAAACAAAAUUCAUAGUUAGAGCAUUAUUGUAUUGAAUACUGUGUCAAGCGCAAAAUGUAAAUUUAUGGUAUGGUUUAAUCAACAGCGUGGUAUAUUUAAACUAAACGAUUCAAUUGAAUAUGAUAGUCUAUUCCUCAUUUAUGAGUCAGUAUUCUUGAACCCAGCACAAAGGCAGCAUAAUGUGUUGAGUGUCGUGAAAAACAUUUUGUUUCCUGAAGUUUUUAAUUUAAAAAAUGUGUGAUAAUAAGUGAUGAUAAUUUCAAUAUAAUUGAAAUUUAAUACUUGAAACCUACACCGAACGCAAACAAAACUUGCCUGUCACAACCCAUGUUUGCUUUGUAAGUACUUACUCGUACAUAGGAGCGCGACUGCUGGUAUAAAGUGGAAUUAUUCGUCUAAUAAUCUGUGCACGAUAAAAUUGUUAACGGAAUAGACCUGUUGGUAAACUAGAUAUGUGCGUUCCGUGAGUUUUGUGAAGCUACAAGCAGCAUACAUUGUAAUCCAACUUAUUCCAUCUCAAAUAAUACUGUAAAUGUAUUAUUCCGUAAAACUCCUACAAGCCAAAAAUAAAACUUCACGUUAAAGAUAAUAUAAUUGUUUCAUUUGUGGUGGUUUAUCAAAAAUGUCUAAACUAGUCAAUUUUAUACGAGUGAAUUUCACUAAACAUCCAAUCAUUUCGAAUGGAAUCAUCUAUGGUACCCUAUUCUUUGGUGCAGAAUGCUCGCAACAAAUUUUAACGAAAAAAUAUCUCGUGGACAAGCCAACGAACCUCGACCAACCGACGCUAGCGCGCUACGCAUUCUAUGGAACCGCAAUUCAAGGUCCCCUAUUAACCGUUUGGUAUAAAUGGCUAGACUCUAAAUUCGUCGGUACUGCAUUGAAAGUCGUCGGCAAAAAGUUAUUUGUGGACCAAUUCAUCUCUGUACCGCCAUUACUGUUCAUAUUUUAUACAUCGAUGAGUAUAAUGGAAGGAAAAUCAGAUAUAUUCCUUGAAUUCCGUACUAAAUUUGAACAAACAUUUAAAAAUAGUUGUAUGUUUUGGUUGCCUGUGCAGACAGUGAACUUCCUUUUGGUUCCACCUGCAUUUAGGGUGAUUUAUAUUGGUACCGCAAGUUUUGCUUGGGUUAACAUUUUAUGUUAUAUUAAAAGACAAGAAUAUUAAUAUCUGAAUUUAUCAUAGUUUGUAAAUCAGAGUAGUUGCAUUUAAAGGUGUGCUUGUUGAGCGAGACAAGAAUCGCCAAAGAGACUAUCUAUUUAUGUAAACAUUAUUUUGUUAUAUUAUGAUCAAAAGCUAUAAUUUGUCUGAUGACGACAAAUACGAUACUAAAUGUAGAUUUAUUUACAAUCUUAACUUAUUUUCUUGUUUCGAUAAGUAUUCAAUAAAUUAAUAAAAUAAUAA